CGUUAGUCCAGUAAUAAAGUACUUGUUGUUCUUUUUUAACUUUUUUUUCUGGCUCAUUGGUGGUGUCAUCGUCUGUAUAGGAGUGUGGUCCUUCAUACUAAAAGUCAUGGAGGAUGUCGGUCAGCGAAAUAUCACCUUUUCAGACUACUUGCUUGACCUUUCUGUGAUAUGCAUGGUUCUGGGUGCAAUAAUCUUUUGCUUAGCCUUCUGUGGCUGUCUGGGAGCACUGCGGGAGAACACAGUUUUCUUGAAAAUUUUCUACUACCUGCUGAUGACAGUGUUUCUGUUGGAGGUGGCACUCGCAGUGUUAAGCUUUGUGUUCUACAACAAGAUUCGUGAGCAGGCAGGAAUCUUGCUCCCGGAGGAGCUGAUAUCUCGUUACCGUGAAACAGAUGAUGACUUCCAGAGUUUGAUAGAUGGUGUGCAAGUGCAGUUCAAGUGUUGUGGCGUUUCGGAGAAGAGCUACCAAGACUGGUCAUACAACCGCUACUUCAACUGUAGUGAUGAUAACCUCAGCGUGGAAGCAUGUGGAGUGCCGUACUCAUGCUGCAGAGACCCUCGCAACCCGAACACGGGCCUUCCUAACACAAUGUGUGGGUAUCAUAUACAGGACAAAUCUUUUGGGGAGGUGCACCGGCGAGUAUACACGACAGGUUGCAUCGACGCAAUCAUCGACGUCGUACAUGAUAACAUGAUCACCAUUGCCAGUGUUGCUAUCGGCAUCGCAGUCGUACAACUGAUAGGUCUGUAUCUGGCAAGGUCGCUAACAGUUCAGAUCGAGGAUCAGAAGGCUCGAUGGAACUACCCCCAGUAACUGCCGAGAGAGAACUGGGAGAGAGCUGGGCAAGCGGGCUCUGUCAUCAGCUGUAGCAUCCUCACAGGUUCUUUCUACAUGUGUUUGUGUAUGUUUUCAUGGUGAUCUCAAGCUGGGUGAAGAAAAGAUGGUGGUGGGGGGUCUUGCAUUUUUAGCUCAUCUGACGAAGUCAGACGCAGCUUGUAGAAUCGCAUGAGCGUCCGUCCGUGAUCUGUGUG